AAUUAAUACACUUAAAUACACUAUAACAUCUCUCAUGGUUCUCCGACUAAGAAUCUCUGCUCAUCACGGGUCACUCACGAUUCCACAAUCUACACUAACGACUAUCCAGCAUCAAGUACGUAGCAGCUUCGCAAUCAAACCGUCCAGCAGUUCCUUUGGAUGCCCCACGCAGGUAUCACUGAUUGUGCCAUUGGUACUUCGCACACAACCAGAGGAUAUAUAUUGUUUCGUGGCAGAUUACGUGGACGCACUUUUAAUCACGAGAGAGAAUGCCAAAGUCGCUGUAAAGGUAGUAAACAACGUUGUAUUAGGAAGCGAAUCGAUCGUCGCCAUUUUACAAAGUACAGGCUUGAAAUUAGAUGGGAUCGCCUUGGCUUCCAAAAGAAUUCAGAAAGCUUUUCAAGUCUACUUGGAAUUAAUGGAGACCCCUAACGAACAGACACGUAAAGAAACAAUUUUCGAGGAACAAAGUCGGCUAUCAAUUAGCAAUAUUUUGGAAUCUACUGGGACGUCUCGAGAUCAGGCAAUCGAAGCAGCCACAAGGAUACAGGCAGCUUUUCGCGGCCAUUACGAAAGACUUCGUAUGGGUGAAUUACGUGGGGAAAUUCAAUGGCAACGUGCUGCCAGUAAUACUUUGGAAAUUUUGAGAAAGGCUGGGGUCUCCAAAGAAGAAGCUACCAACGCAGCCAUUUUGAUUCAGUCAACCUAUCGCGGUUAUUAUACCAGGCGAAAUAUGAAAAUGAAAUUGGAUGGGCGGUACGAGGAAAAUCGUAAAAAUAAAAAAAAUAAAACUUCCGAAGAAUUCGGGGAAACUAUUCAAACUGUUACUUGGAUCAAUAUGAUGCAUGAAAAUUCAGGUGUCACCGUGGAUAAAGCCAAUCAGGCUGCUACUGUUAUUCAGGCUUUUUUUAGAGGAUAUCGCGUUAGGCGGGAUAGUAAGAAUAUCAAAAAUUCGGUGACGUCAGACUCAAACAUGGUUAAUGACAUUUUGGAUAACAUACGUCAAAGGGUAUUCGACAGUGUCAUGUCACGUGGCAAUAUACCCAAAAAAUUUGGGAGUCACGAAGAAGUCAAAGACAUCGCCGACAAGAUUCAAAAUGACAUUAAGGAACGAUUCAGCAAAGAAUCAAUAAGUAAAGCUCAAAAUAAAAAAAAAUCAAUAAUGAUCGUGGAAGAUUAAAAAAUAUUGAUCUCAAAAAAAAAGGAAAAAUUCAAACUCUACCAUACUGUUCUCAAAAUAAAUAUGCA